CUGUCUGGGGACCCCUGUUAUGAGCCUGGCAGAAACUAGAACAGAGUCUGGGACCAGAGGCUUCUCGUCCCCCCAUCUUCUCCCUCCUUACAAGACACCAUGGCCUUGGGCCUGUUCUUUUUGGUGUAAAGAAAGGGGUAUGGCAUCCACCUUCUUAAUUAAUGGUUUGAGGAAGAAGGGUUAGGGAGGGAAAGAGGAUCCUUGGAAGGGAAAAAUAGAGCUACAGGGGUUCAAAUAAGGAACGGAAAUGGAAUCCAACUACCAAAGACCCCAAAACACCCCUUCUAGGAUCUCUUUGCAGGUCUGUCUGAAUUUGGGGCCUUGCACAAGUACAAGCCUGGUGGAAAAAAAUAAACUGUUCCUUCUUCCAGCAGGUUCAGGUCCUUCUCGAUUUGCAGUCUGUGCCAAAUCCUUGAGAUUGAGACGAAGUGCCUUUCCCAGACGUGCAUACAUCCCAUUUAGGCAAGCCAGCUUCACGCCCUGGAUCAGGGAAUUUCUCCAGCUGCACCAUGAGCCGAGUUCGAGAUGCUGGCUGUGUAGCCGCCGGGAUAGUGAUUGGGGCUAGUGCCUGGUACUGUGUCUACAAAUACGCCAGGCGAAGAAAUCAGACAAAGAAGAGACUGGCCAAGCCCAAGACCAGGUUUGUGGCCAGAACUGGAGCCAGGGCUAGAGCUGGACUAAGGGCUGGAUUCACAAUUGACCUUGGGCCUGGAUUCAGCCCUCCCAUCCCAGCCCGCACUCAGGACGAUGACAGGGCCCAGGAUGAAGUCUCUGCUCUGGAUGUGGCUGGGGCUGAGGGAGUGGCCCCAGCUGUGUCCAGUGCUGAGGCUCAGAGUGGGGCAGGAAGUCAGGUCCAGGAGGUAGAAGGGUCAGGAGUUGAACCUAAGGCCGAACCAGUAGUCGGGGCCACAGCGGUUUCUUCAAUGGUACCACAUCCCAGGGAGGGAGAGGCUUCCGUGGCGGCAGAGGCCCCCACAAUCGCAAGGGGUCCCAAACUGCCAGAAGUCCCCGGCACAGCAGAGGCUCCCGGGAUGCCAGCGGCACCUCCCAGGGCGUUAGUGACGCCUCCCAGGGCGCCGGUGCCUACCGAGGCUGUGUCACCUAACGAGGCUAUGGAGGCUCCUGUAAGGGCGACGCCUACUGCGGCGCCAGUGCCUUCUGGAGCAACAGUGCCUACUGGGGCUGCAGAGGUUCCUGGGACUUCAGGAUCCCCUAGAACCGCAGCCGCCUCCAAGAAAGCAACCCCUGGGGCUCAUACAGGCGCUAUACCUAAGGCUGGAUCAGCAACUGGAGCUGUACCCAAAGGUGGAGCCAAGGGAACCAAGUCUCGGACUGGGGGCAAGGGCAAGGGCAAGAAAAACAAGGUUGAAGUAGAUGAAUUGGGGCUGGGUUUCCGCCCUGGGGAUGGGGCUGCAGCAGCUGCUGCAGCCUCGGCUAAUGGAGGUCACGCUUUCCUGGCAGAGAUCCCUGAUUCUGAGGAAGGGGAGUCUGGGUGGACUGACACAGAGUCAGAGUCAGAUUCUGAGCCUGAAACCCAGCAGAGAGGGAGAGGAAAGAGACCCAUUCCCAUGCAGAAGCGCCCCUUUCCUUAUGAAAUAGAUGAGAUUCUCGGCGUCCGAGACCUCAGGAAGGUCCUUGCUUUGCUUCAAAAAUCAGAUGAUCCUUUCAUCCAACAGGUAGCUUUGCUCACUCUGAGCAACAAUGCCAACUAUUCAUGCAACCAAGACACAAUUCGCAAAUUGGGAGGACUCCCAAUUAUUGCAAACAUGAUCAACAAAACUGAUCCCCACAUUAAGGAAAAAGCCUUAAUGGCCAUGAAUAACCUGAGUGAGAACUAUGAAAAUCAGGGCCGACUUCAGGUAUAUAUGAAUAAAGUGAUGGAUGAUAUCAUGGCCUCUAACCUGAACUCAGCAGUACAGGUAGUUGGACUAAAAUUUUUAACAAACAUGACUAUUACCAAUGACUACCAACACCUGCUUGUCAACUCCAUUGCAAAUUUUUUCCGUUUGUUAUCUCAGGGAGGUGGAAAAAUCAAGGUUGAAAUUUUGAAAAUACUUUCGAAUUUUGCUGAAAAUCCAGAUAUGUUAAAAAAACUGCUCAGCACCCAAGUGCCAUCAUCAUUUAGUUCUCUUUAUAAUUCCUAUGUGGAAUCAGAGAUUCUUAUUAAUGCCCUUACUCUAUUUGAGAUCAUCUAUGACAAUCUCAGAGCAGAAGUAUUCAACUACAGAGAAUUCAAUAAAGGUUCCCUGUUUUACUUAUGCACUACAUCUGGAGUGUGCGUUAAGAAAAUUCGAGCCUUAGCAGAUCACCAUGACCUCUUGGUGAAAGUAAAAGUUAUAAAACUAGUGGACAAAUUCUGAUUGGCUAUGUGCUCUCAAAAGACUUGAAGAAAUUUCUUGGUUUUCCAGUCUGGAAGCAAUGAAAAUUGAGUUACUACUUUUCCCCUUGUUCAUAUAGUAAAGGGAUCCUUUCAGCUGCCAGUUUUGAAUAAUUUAUCAUCCAGAGUGAUGUUAUCUGUGACAGUCUCCAGCCUUAAGCUGAACCAUUUUAUGAAUACCAAAUAAAUAGUCCUCUUGUACUCAAAACACAUUUGUGACUUUAAUCAUGCUGCUUGAAUGGAAACAUUUUUACUGGUUCUUCUAUGUUAAUUGACAGUGAACCUGUCCAUCAUAAAUAGCUUACACUUCUGUCAUUUGUUUCUACUUGAAUUUAUCCACCAAAGACUUCAUUUGUGUAUCAUCAAUAAAGUUGUAUGUUUUGAAUGAUGAAAAAAA